AGCUGAUACAGGAGCCGGUAGUGAGCUCUGGGGGCGCGCGCUGAUACAGGAGCCGGUAGUGAGCUCUGGGGGCGCGCGCUGAUACAGUAGCCGAUAGUGAGCUCUGGGGGCGCGCGCUGAUACAGGAGCCGGUAGGGAGCUCUGGGGGCGCGCGCUGAUACAGGAGCCGGUAGGGAGCUCUGGGGGCGCGCGCUGAUACAGGAGCCGGUAGGGAGCUCUGGGGGCGCGCGCUGAUACAGGAGCCGGUAGUGAGCUCUGGGGGCGCGCGCUGAUACAGGAGCCGGUAGGGAGCUCUGGGGGCGCGCGCUGAUGUUGGACCGCACGGAGGCGUUUUUUCCCCGCGCGCUGCAGGAGGAUGUGAGCUUUAGGAGCAGGUUGAUGUGUUGAAGCCGGUGGUGAGAUUUCACUGUAAUCUACAUACACACACACACACAUCCCGGUUUAGAUCGGUGUCUGGAGCAGCCUGGGACACUUCCCUUAUAAUCAGGAUCCGUGUGUGUGUGUGUGUGUGUGUGUGUGUGUGUGUGCGCGCGCGCGCACGUGAAGGAGGACUUUCCAGCACGAGACUCCGGAGAUGCUCCGCAUGUGUGUGUGAGAUUCCGGCACAUGGAGCUCUGGAGAGCGGAACAUCCUCCGACUGUCAGCGGCUUUUUCGGCUCAGACUGCAGAGGGACGUCCAGCUGCAGCGCCGCACACCGAGCCCCUGCUGCACAAAGCCUCCGCUCGGACCACAAGCCCCAGGAUGGGCACAGAGCGCGAGCCAGUGCGGGGAAAAGUGCGGCUUUCAACCCAGAAGAACGGAGAAAGUGCGGGAAGGAUUCACGGAUAACGGAGUGCUUUUCAGAGAGAGAGAAAAAACUUUAAAAGAGAGAAAAGAGGCUGGUGAGGGAACGACUGUUUACAGCUGCUAUAACUGAGUUAAAGCGGCGAUGGGGAUCGAGGAGCUGAGUGUGAGGAACGGCCGCGCGGUGUCUGACCGGUGGGCCGACAGCGUGGUGGUGCGACCCCGGACCCCCGAGCGCCACGUCGCCGUGCACAAGAGGCUGGUGCUGGCCUUCGCCGUCUCCAUCCUCACGCUCGUGGUGGUGACGGCCGUCGCCGUGACGCUGGCCGUCAGCUUUGAGAAAUGCGGCAGCAGCGGCGAGAACGUGGUUCCGCCCGGUACCGGCUCCAAUCGGUCGCGAGACAGAAGUGGCGAACAGAAAGGCGGAGACGUGCAGCCGUGGCGGCGUUUACGCUUACCGACAGCACUGCGGCCGCGCCACUACGACCUCCAGCUCUCCGUCUACAUGCACAACUUCACCUUCUCCGGGGAGGUGAGCAUCGAGCUGGAGUGUGUGAACGCCACCAAGUUCAUCGUGCUGCACGCCGACAGGCUGCACGUGGAGAAGGUGGCCGUGUACUCGGACAGUAAGAAACCCGGCGCCAUGAGGAUCCACCGGCACUUCCGCUACCCGCACAACCAGGUGCACGUCAUCGCUCUGCACCGGGAAAUGAAGCCGCUCAGAACGUACACGAUCAACAUGAGCUUCCAGGCUCAGAUCCAGAACCAGCUGCUGGGGUUUUUCCACACCUCCUACGUGCUGCACGGAGAGAGAAGGUACGCGGCCGUGACUCAGUUCUCUCCGACUCAUGCCAGGAAAGCUUUCCCGUGUUUCGAUGAGCCCGUCUACAAAGCCACCUUCAGCGUGACAUUGAGACACGACGCCUCCUACCAGUCCGUCUCCAACAUGCCCAUCGAGUCGUCCAGUCUGGACGAGGACGGCUGGCUCACCAAUCGAUUCUCCAGGACACCUCGCAUGUCCACUUAUUAUGUGUCCUGGGCCGUGUGUGACUUCAGCUCCCGUGAGACGAUGACACACAGUGGAGUGAUGAUACGGCUGUUUGCUCGGCCCGAUGCCAUUCAGAGCGGAUCGGGAGAUUACGCCCUGCACAUCACCAAGAGCCUCCUCAACUUCUAUCAGGAUUACUUCAGAGUCACAUACCCCCUGCCCAAACUAGAUCUCCUAGCUGUGCCGAAACACCCAUAUGCUGCGAUGGAGAACUGGGGUCUGAGUGUGUUUGUGGAGCAGAAAAUCCUGCUGGAUCCUGAAGUCUCAUCUUUCUCCUACCAGAUGGAUCUCACCAUGGUGGUGGUGCAUGAGAUCUGUCAUCAGUGGUUAGGAGACCUGGUCACUCCAGUGUGGUGGGAUGACGUGUGGAUUAAAGAGGGAUUUGCUCAUUACUUCGAGUACGUGGGGAGCGACUUCCUCUUCCCAAAAUGGAACAUGAAACAGAGGUUCCUGACUGACGUUCUUCAUGAAGUCAUGCUGCUGGACGGUAUGGCGACGUCUCAUCCCAUCUCAGAGGAGCUUUUCCAAGUCGCUGACAUCCACCGAGUUUUCGACUGGAUCUCCUACAAAAAGGGAGCUGCACUGAUUCGCAUGUUGGCCAACGUCAUGGGACAAACUGCGUUUCAGAGAGGCAUCAAUGAUUAUUUAGUGACGCACGAGUACGGAAACACGGCAAGGGACGACUUGUGGAACUCAUUUUCACAGGCCCUGCAGAGGGAAGGGAAGGACAUCAGCAUAAAGGAGGUGAUGGACGGCUGGACUCUGCAGAUGGGCUACCCCGUGGUCACCAUCAGCAAGCACGAGAGCCUGGAGAACACUGUCACCAUCAGCCAGGAGCACUUCCUCUAUGACAAGGACGCCAAGAUCCACCACCGUCAGCUUUUUAACAAAAGUUUGCAGUGGCAGAUCCCUCUGAACCUGGCAUUGGGAAAUUUCAGUCACAUGUCGUCCGAGUCUCUCAUCUGGAUCUCUAAUAAAACAGAGACGCACCGAGUGGGACGUAUAGGCGAGGAGACGUGGUUGCUAGGCAACAUCAAUCAGACGGGCUACUUCAGGGUGAACUACGACCUCCACAACUGGAGACUCCUGAUCCAGCAGCUGAUGCUCAACCCCACAAUCAUCUCUGUGGGGAAUCGUGCUGGUCUGGUGGACGACGUCUUCAGCCUGGCCAGAGCCGGCUAUCUCCCUCAGAACCUCCCACUGCAGAUCAUCUGUUAUCUGUCCAAGGAGGAUGACUUCCUGCCCUGGCAUGCUGCGAGCAGAGCGCUGUACCAGCUGGACAAACUGCUGGACCGUACUGAGGACUACAGCCUCUUUAGUAGUUAUGUGUUGAAGCAGGUGGAACUGAAGUAUCAUAAGCUGGACUGGCCAAGGGUGAAAGCAGGCGACUCCUUCAAGCAGGCCACCUAUCAUACCAAUGAGCUCCAGAGGGAGGUGAUCAUGUUGGCCUGUAGUUUUGGGAAUAAACACUGUCACCGGCAGGCCAUGUCACUCGUCUCCGAGUGGAUCUCCAGCAACAAGAACAGGAUUCCCCCCAACAUACGUGACGUGGUGUACUGCACGGGCGUGUCUCUGAUGGACGAGGACGUGUGGGAGUUCAUGUGGAUGAAGUUUCACUCCUCCACCGCCGUCUCGGAGAAGAAGGUCCUGCUGGAGGCCCUGACCUGCAGCGACAACACCUUCCUGCUCCACAGACUGCUGAACGCGUCUCUAAACUCGGACCUGGUGCCGGAUCAAGACGUGAUCGACGUCAUCAUCCACGUCGGCCGCAACCCACACGCACGCCAUCUAGCCUGGAGAUAUUUCAGGGAGAAGUGGGACGAGCUGAACUCCAGGUUCGGCGAGGCUUUAUUUCUAAACUCCAAAUUAAUCAGCGGAGUGACGGAGUUCCUCAACACACAGAGAGAACUCGAUGAGCUGAAGGACUUCAUCCAGACGAGCGCUGCUGGAGGUUCUGCGUCUGCGUUCUCCCGAGCGCUGGAGGUCGUCCAGGCCAACGUGAAAUGGCACGAGCUUUACAGAGAGAGCUUCUUCCAGUGGCUGAGGAAAUCCAGCGACGGCUAAAGAUCCAGCUGCUGCUGAUGUGUUAGCGUGGAGCCUCCGUCACACGUUUAUAGCCCAUUAACCAGGAGACGAGAGAAGAGGACGAGAGCAGACGUGAUUUUACACCCUGAUCACCUGGAAACAUGGAGCCUUCUGUUUCCUCCCCGAACAGGAACCAGCAGGACCAAGAGGAAGUGGACAUGAGUGUGUGUGUGUGUGUGUGUGUGUGUGUGAGACUGCAAGUGGACUCACUGAUCAAUGGUGCAUGAAGUGCUUUAUCUAGAGUGACACUGAGAUUAAAAACUUCAAAUUGAGUGUGUGUGUGCAUGUUUGUGUGUGCGUGUAGGUUUGUCUGUGUGUGCAUGUGCGUGAAUGCAUGUGUCCAUGUGUGUCUGAGUGUGUGUGUAAGCUUGUAUGCAUUUGUGUAUGUGCAUGUGGGUGUGAUUUUGUGUUUGUAUGUGUAAUUGAGUGUGUGUCUGUGUGUGUGUGUGUGUGUGUGUGUGUGUGUGUGGAGAAUAAGAAUCUUAUUUUUAUAAUAAAUCUACAG